GGUGGGCAGCCUGGCGGGGGAGAAGCUACCCGAACGGGCACCUGCCCACGGUGUUUGCCCUAUCAUGCCUCACCUGUCAGACAACCAUCUCACCCUCAAAGGAAGCUCUCACCAGCCUUGUUCUUGUGACUUCCUGACUCCGACAAGCCGCCGCUUGACUGCCUGUUCUCGUGACUCUUUCCAACUUGACAUUUCCAAGCAUCCCUCAGGCACAGCGACAUCGCCCGGACCCCUCCGCUUUGUCCGGAGACUAUACGGAACUGCGACCUGCCUGUUCCGUCAUACUGUACCUAAGCCCUCGACACUUUUGAGUCAUUUCGACCUAGAUCGCGACCUGCUUUCGGUUUAUUCUUCUACAUACCCAAAUUUCCGGAACAUACCUGAAGUCUACAACGUUCUCCUGGAGUCAUUAUCGUAGCAUAACCCAAAUACCGAGUUCAGGCGCAAAACAUCGCGAAGACUGCCUGCAUUUCCCCAUACGAGCGCAAAAAAGCGCGCGUCCGCCACAGCUUGCUCACCAUGGCAGCAAUCCAAUAUGCGCCCUUCUCCUCCGAGAUCGAACUGCCGUUUUACGCAGCCCUCUUCUCCUCAAAGCUCGAACAUGACAAGCUAGACGACUCGGCGCGCCGCGUGCUUGGCCAGUACACUGCCCUGCCUGUCGAGCCAGGCCAGAGCUGCAAGAUGUCCAUCCUUGGGAAUGCCCUCACUAGCGACCAGCCCAACGAUGAGCAUGUCCGCGCCGAGGGCUUCAUCAAAAACGUUAAUACGAUUGAGGACUUCAAGAAUACGGACAAACAAGCCAUGCUGAAAAUGGCAGCGAGACAUGUAUGGGACGCCAUAAACGACGGCACCAUCUACUCCGUACCCUCCCUCCUCUCCUCCUUUACGAUUCUCUCAUACGCCGACUUGAAGAAAUACAAGUUCACAUACUGGUUCGCGUUCCCAGCGCUGCACUCAGACCCUCAGUGGAAGCGUACAGGACCGAUCGGCCGCCUUGACCCAAAGGAGAGCACGGCACUGGUCGAUCGAGUGGGCACAUGGCAAGCCAACCGCGACAAGAGGCAGAACGGAUUCUUCCUCGCCAAGAAGGCGAGAGGUGUGGAUGUCAGCGAUUUGGAUAAGGACGCGAAUAGCGAUCUCCACGACCUCAACGAUACGUUUGGCUACGUGUGGGAAGUUGCUAACCUCGGAGAGUUCGAGAACGGUUUCUUCGACGACGUUGCCGAGGAGGACCGAUACGUUUCAUUCGUCGACCCUUCGACGUACCCCGAAAACCCUUCAUGGCCACUGCGAAACCUUCUCUGGCUUGUUCGGCAACGGUUCCGGCAGACCAAGGUUCAGAUCUUGUGCUACCGCGAUAUCAGAUCUAGUAGGCAUGCGGCUAGAAGCAUCAUCCUGCCAUUGGAGAUGGAUCCAGUUGAGCCACUCGCGGUGGCUGAAAUGCCCAAGGUCACAGGCUGGGAGCGAGAUGGAGAGGGCAAGCUACGAGCUAGGAUCGCCAACCUCGGGGAGUACAUGGACCCAACGCGACUGGCCGACCAAUCCGUGGACCUGAACCUCAAACUCAUGAAAUGGAGGAUUUCGCCAAAUCUGGACCUUGAUACUAUCAAAUCCACGAAGUGUCUGCUAUUAGGAGCUGGCACACUAGGAAGCUACGUUUCCAGAAACCUCAUGGGCUGGGGUGUAAGGAAGAUCACGUUUGUGGACUAUGGACGCGUAUCGUAUUCGAACCCUGUGCGGCAGCCUCUGUUCGAGUUCGAGGACUGCUUGGAAGGCGGCAAGUUCAAGGCGACGCGGGCUGCAGAUGCCCUCAAGAGGAUCUAUCCCGGGGUUGAGAGCGAGGGUCACGUCCUAUCGGUCCCUAUGUUGGGCCACCCCUUUACGGACGAGGCUAGGAGUAAGGCCGACUACGACAAGCUGAAGCAGCUGAUUGACGAGCACGACGCAAUUUUCCUUCUGAUGGACAGCCGAGAGUCAAGGUGGCUACCGAGUGUUCUAGGCAAAGCAACUGGGAAGAUUGUUCUCAACGCCGCGCUUGGUUUCGACUCCUUUGUCGUCAUGAGGCACGGUGCUGAACCAACUGAUGUUCAGCCAGAGGACAAGGAGCGCAAGACACUGGGUUGCUACUUCUGCAACGACGUAGUUACACCAGCCGACUCGCAAAAAGAUCAGACCCUGGACCAACAAUGCACCGUAACCAGACCUGGUGUCGCGGCGAUCGCGUCGGCACUGUUAGUCGAACUGUUCGCGAGUCUGCUCCAGCAUCCCCUUAAGCAACACGCGCCGGCGCCCCAGACUUCGGCAGAUGAGAAGGAUCCCGUGGACCAUGCCUUGGGACUUGUGCCCCAUACUGUCCGCGGCUACCUGCAUAACUUCAACAACAAGGUUAUUCGCGGAGAGUCGUACCCAUGCUGCAGUGCGUGUGGCCCACCGAUUCUAGAGGCUUACCGAAACGACGGCUGGGGUUUCGUCAAGAAGGCGCUUUUGGAGAAGGACUUUGUUGCCGAGUUAUCUGGGCUCGCAGAGGUUCAGCGGGAGGCCGAGAAGCGGGCGGCAUCUAUGGAUUGGGAAGAGGAGGAAGAUGGAGCGGAUGACGGGGAUGGAGAGUUGAUUUGAGAAGUCAGGCUCUCGCGCAAUAUACGAAUUAUGGUCGAAUUUUACAAUGAGCUUUCACGGCGGAAUAGACGAGGCGUUCGAGUCCGGGACAGGAUACUGUUGGCGUUUGGCAUUGAUAGAGUCCCUGUUGAGACUUUCUUUCCCGAGAAUUCCAACUCGUAGUUUAGCCAGAUGGGCGG